UCCAGGUAUUCCAGUUUCCUCCCCCAGUCCAAAGACAUGCAUGGUAGGCUGACUGGCAUGUCCAAAGUGUCUGUAGUGUAUGUGUGAAUGUGCAUGUGAUUGGGCCUUGUGAUUGGAUUGGCACACUGUCCAGGGUGUACCCUGCCUUGUGCCCCAUGCUCCCUGGGUUAGGCUCCAGGUAUGGCAUGACCCUGUAGGAUAAGUGUUAUAGAAAAUGGAUGGAUGAAACCUUUAAAAAGAUUAUAUUAUUAAACUGUAGUGUUUUCUCAGUCAAAUAUUACUUAACCAUGUCUCUAUUUCCAAGGAGAAUUGGACAUCAAGAUGCACAAGUAUGUCAGCUGCACAUUUAGAUACUUGACUUACCUGAGUUAUUUUUUCUUACUUUUUGUGGCUCUUCUUUUAUGACAGUGAUUUUUAACUUGCCUCCUGGUACACAGUUAUCCACAAGUGAACAUUUAAGGCUUCAAUAUCUUGCCAGUUUAGUAAUUAUCUCUCAGUGCGAUAUAUUCGGUGUCAAUUCCAAUUUUUUGUUGUUGUUGUUGUUUUGUUUUGUUUUGUUUUGUUUUGUUUUGUUUUUUUGUUUGUUUUUUUAAUCAGAAGGUCUUAAUAAUCUGUCUUUACGGAUGUCACCUGGACGAAUUUGCAGCAGCUCCACUAGAUGUCGCUGUGUCCCGCAGUGUUUCUGCGCAUGCGUGUCACAUGUCUUAGCUUAGCCAAUGAAAUCGUGGGCUCGGAAAUUUAAACUUUACUAACUGACCUUCGUCGUCGUGCUAGUGCGUUAAAGUAUUUAGUCACUACGUAAAUAUGGACCAUAUUAACGACGAGCCGACAAAGUUUUAUUUUUAUGAAAACAGGCUUUCAACCUUCGAUGGUUGGCCAUUUCAGGAAGACUGCGUUUGUACUCCUGAGAACAUGGCUAAAGCAGGAUUCAUUCACGUGCCUUCUGAGAACAGUCCUGAUAUAGCGCAGUGCUUCUUCUGUCUUAAAGAGCUGGAAGGCUGGGAGCCAGAAGAUGAUCCUGAAAAGGAGCAUAAAGCACAUUCACCCAGUUGCAAUUUUAUUACAUUGAAGAAGUCUGUGGAGAGUCUGACUGUGGAGGAGUUUCUCAGGCUUCAGAAAGAGAGGCAGAAAUGUAUUAUUAAAAAGAUGUGCGGCCAGGCCAUUGACAAAUUUGAGGAAGCUGUGAAGUUGAAAAGAGGACAGAUCAUCCAGUCUGCCAUGGGUGAAGAAUGAAGAUGAUAAAGAUGCCACUGCUAUUAUUGCUUUUCACAAGACACAUUAUGUCCAGUUGUUCAUAAUUUUAUCUCUUUCUGGUAAUCAACUCCUUUGGAAUGAGGUGGAGUUUGUGUGUGUGUGUGUGUGUG